AUGGCAUCUGAAGAAGUUCUGAAGGCUGUUUUCCCUUUCCUGGAGGGUGUUGAUCUUGCUUCUUGUAUGGCUGUUUGUAAGCUGUGGAAAGACAUUGCGAGAGAUGAUUUCCUUUGGAAAUGUCUGUGUGCCCGGAGAUGGCCUUCAAUCUGCAAGCGACCUAAUCCUUCAACUUUAACCUACUACAACUUGUACAAAACAUUUUAUAAACGUCAGCAUCGUAGAAUUAUUCUCCCUCCAAGAAUCUCAUUUGAUGAUUUGGAUUUUUUCAUUGACAUUUGGGCUGAAAACAUAUUACUCUUCUCAGAAGUGGUACCUGGCUCUGUCCUUCAAGCAGGUUUCAGAAUUCCAGCAUCUGGGGUUUCUGAAAUGCUCAAAUUUCAAUUGGAAGGUUCGGAAUACAAGAUGACUUUUCCAGUGGAACCUAGAUUUACUAUCCCUUCAGGACAAAAUCAGAACGUUAGUGUCUCUGUCAUGGUUGGGAGGAAGGAUUCAAAUACGGUUGCCCGCAUAAUAAAUAAAUCCAUGUUUGAUUACAUUGAUCGCUCAUCUUAUAGAGCCUUGGCUUUUGAUUACCUAGACAUAUCCCCCGGCUACCCUUUUUUGUCUGGCAUACGUGGAUGGAUAUCUUUGCUAUUCAUGGAAGAUAAAAAUGAAGAUCUUAUGGAUGUAUUUGGGAUCCAGAUGGAUUUCUGUGAUGUGGCAAAUUCUAAGGAAGAAGUCUUGUGGCUAUUGGACAUGCUUGACUGGAAGUAA